AUCCAGUCCCUGACCGUGGACAAUCUUCCCUCAACACGCCAUCCUCAAUCAACGAGCGUCCCUGUAGUCAAUUCACUGUGAACCGCCGCAAGGCUUUUCGUGGGAUUUGGAAACGAAACCCCCCCACAUAACUCCUUCCACUUGCAUAUCCCAUCCCAACUUCUCAGCUUUCGAGACCACCGGCUCGCGGAAAUACACACUGUCAUGAAGCUCUCCAAUACUCUACUGCUGCUGCCGGCAGCAUUGGCACCCCUCUGCUCGGCCUUCUACAUUCCAGGCUGGUCUGUCCGCUCGUAUAAGGACAACGAUCCCAUAGCGUUAUCGACGAACAAGAUUUCGUCGCCGACGACGGAGCUGCCCUUCGCGUACGCCGAGCUUCCGUUCGUCGUCCCGGCGACGAAAGAUGGGUUUGGGUCGAAAUUCGGGUCCAGAACUAUUGGCCUGAAUCUGGGUGAGGUGCUGCGCGGCGAUCGCAUCUCGAAUAGUGACUAUGAGCUCGUCAUGGGGAAAGAUGAGGCGUGUAAGCAUCUGGGUGACAAGGAGGUCGAGAAACGAGAUAUCCAGUGGGCUAGGGACCUAGUUAGGGAGGGGUAUAUUGUCGAAUGGAUCGUGGAUAACCUUCCGGGCGCGACGUCAUUUGUGACGGUUGACAAGUCGAAGAAAUACUACGCGGCCGGCUUCAAGUUAGGAUACCUCGAGGAUUCGAAAGUCUACCUCAACAACCAUGUUACUCUCGUCAUCCGCUGGCGACGGGCGCCCAACAGCAACCGCAAACUCAUCGUUGCGUUCGAGGUCUACCCUAAAUCCAUCGCCGGACCGGCGGGCAAAUGCCCCGAGAACUUGGAGAACCAGCCCGCGUUGGAGCUCAGUGUGCCAAAAGACGGAGAAAAGCUGAGCAUCCCGUACACAUACUCGGUCUACUGGAAGGAGGAGAAUGGCAUCGACUGGGCCAACAGGUGGGAUCGCUACUUCGUCAACGACGAAGAGUCGGUGCACAUCCACUGGUUGGCAAUCGUCAACUCCGUCGUCAUCGCCAUGCUGCUCACCAUCGUCGUUGCCAUUGUUAUGUUACGGACUCUUUCCCGCGACAUUCAGAAGUACAACGAAACCGGCCCCUCUAGCGACCCCGAGGCUAGGAAGAAAGCUGCCGAGGAAGCUGAAGAAGACGAAGCAUUGGAGGAUGUCACCGGCUGGAAAUUGGUCCACGGCGAUGUUUUCCGCCCACCGAACAUGGGAGGUCUUUUUGCGCCGGUGGUCGGCAGCGGUGUGCAGCUCAUGUUGGUCAUGAUUGCACUGAUCGUCCUUUCCGCGACAGGUGUCUUGAACCCCAGCUACCGUGGAGGAUUCAUCUCCUUCGGCCUUUUCCUCUUCGUGUUUGGUGGUGUCUUCUCCGGUUAUUUCUCUACCCGCGUCUACAAGACCUUCAAGGGUGACAACUGGAAGAAGAACGCAUUGAUGACCGCCCUUAUUUUCCCGGGGUUCAUGUUUGCUUCGGUCUUCGUCCUUAACCUUUUCGUCUGGGCCCAGGCUUCAUCCACGGCAAUCCCGUUCACCACACUCCUUGCUCUGAUCUUCAUGUGGCUCUGUAUCGCCCUUCCUCUUGUGUUCGUUGGCUCCUACCUUGGCUUCAAACGCGACCCUUGGGAGCACCCAACCCGUACAACCAUGAUUGCCCGCCAAAUGCCCCCGCAGCCAUGGUACCUCAAGACGAUCCCUUCGAUCCUCCUCGGUGGUCUCAUCCCCUUUGCGGUUAUCUUCAUUGAGCUUCUCUUUGUCUUCAAAUCGCUCUGGCAGGACAAGUCCACCUACUACUACAUGUUCGGGUUCCUCGGGCUCAUUGCCGGAGUGCUUCUACUAACGGUCAUGGAAAUCUCAAUCAUCAUGACUUACUUUAUGCUCUGCUCCGAGAACUGGCAGUGGUGGUGGAGAAGUUUCUUGGUGGGUGCCGGGAGUGCUGUCUGGGUGUUCAUUUACUCCGGCUGGUACUACUGGACGAGACUGGCGGUCCACGGAUGGGUCAGUGGACUACUGUUCUUUGCCUACAGUGCCCUGGCGUGUUGCGUUUACGGUGUGCUCGUGGGAACCGUCGGCUUCUUGGCGAGUUACGCUUUCGUGAGGAAGAUUUAUGGUGCCAUCAAGGCGGAUUAAUAUAUGGAUAGGCGAGGGAUGACUUGACGAGAUGGAUUUUGCAGACGAGUGGGGUUAAAAUCAUUGUCUUGGAGUGCGGUAUGGAUGGAGUGUUUAGUUGUCCUUUCCCAAUCUUCUUGUUCCUGUACAUGUAUACCUUUGUCUACCCACUUAAGUACUUGGAUAUGUACUUGGCUUUGCUUCCAUGGGCGAGGAAUUCUCCAGAUAUCUUUUCUGUGGCGCCGAGUAGUGUAAGUACCUACAAGUAGUCUAUGUAAUAAUGGGUUCUUCACGCAAUCGUGGUUCCCCG